UGCAGCAUCUUCCUGCUAUAAUUACUGUAUAUAUUUAUGCCAACACGCUCUAACUUUUUGCGAAGAGGAAAAGUGUUGACGACCCAGUACUAUACUCAGUCUAUAUCUCUCUUACAACUUAACUGACCGACCAACACAGCGAGGGAGACUUAACCGUAAAUCACACCUCACCGUACAACAGGAUUUAUCAAUAUCCACCAUGGCCGACAAACUCAAGACCAUCUUCAUCAGCGAGGUUAAUGACCUGAAAGCACUUCUAACGGAAGCAGCCAGGUCAGGCACAUACAUGUAUCCCUUCCAGGGAAUCUUCUACUUUAUCGCCCAUCGCUCCCUCUGGCAACCUCUCGUGUCCAAAAUCGCCCCAACAGUCUCCCUGGGCAUCCUCGUAACCUCAACAAUGUUCUUCUUCACCUACAUCCCUCAAGUUGCCAUCCUAGCCUUCACCAGCGGACCCCUGGCGCCAUUCUCCGCAAUCCUCCUCGUCCUCAGCGAAAGCUCCACGAUUACAAACUACCUCUCGCGCAGCUUCAUUCUUCGCGAUUCCCUCGUUGACAUCUUCGACGGCACGCUGAUUGCUCGUGGCGACACAGCGCUAGUCUCUGAGGGCCGGCAGAUUAAAGGUUCUUCAUCAUCCACGGAUCCAAUGGCUCGGUUGGGGGCUGUGAUUCGGAAACCAUUGGCGAUGUUCUCGUUGUCAUCGUUGGUGAGAUCGUUGAUGUAUUUACCACUAAAUAUGAUUCCUGUGGUGGGGACGGUGUUGUAUGUCGUUUCUCAAGGAAAAAGACUCGGGCCAGUAAUGCAUGAGAGAUAUUUUCAACUUAAAGGGUGGGAUUCGAAGAAGAAGCGAGCAUGGGUGGCCGCGCACCAUGCUGCGUAUACGAGUUUCGGGGCAGCGGCAUUUGUCUUGGAAAUGGUCCCCUUUGCGUCUUUGGCAUUUGCAUAUACGAACACGGUCGGUGCGGCAUUGUGGGCUUCAAAUCUGGAGAGGUCGAUCUAUAAAGCCCCCAGCAUGGAGCAGGCGAAGAAAUUAGACUAAGGUAUUUACUCUGUUGUUUGCGUUUCUGUAAAGUAUUUCUCAACCAUACCUUUGCAGACACUUUGACCCAUAUGUUAUCUGCGCAUGAUAUUUUGGCGUUGAAAAAAAAUGAUGUCACAGGCGUUCUAGGGUAGCGUGUGGAAUUUAAUAUAGACUCAACGAAUUCUCAGGUCAUUUGUCCACCCACUUUUCUUAGCACCAUUAUGUUAACCGGAACCGAUAGAUAAGCUCAGCUCCCUAACUUUCAACAGUGAGAACACAGGGCACCCUUUCAUCACCGAUAUCUCCUCACAUAUAGCCUGUUCGCUCAACGCCUUAACUACCCUUCCUGGCCCCUUCUUGACUCUCAAGCACUACCCCCCGUAAUUCCGCCAACCCAUCCACCUCUAUUUCCUUCAUUCGUCCCGCCAGUGUUGUUCCACUCUACAUAUCCAAAACUCUCUGCGCGUAGGAUCAUCAUCCGAAAACUUUCCAACUUCGGCGAAUGAUGAAAUAUCGACGCCAUAUCCACAGACCAGGGGAUCACCUGUUUUAAAAUUAAGGGUACUGUUGGAUUAAUGCCUGGCGAGGCAGAAGAGGACACACCUAAUACAUUUGUAAGAGGUAUGAAUAUAAUAAUAACGGUUACAAUGAAAACAAAAGGGGAACGGAGAGAGGGCCAUAUCAACCUCCCUCUUUUUAUCAAACUGAUCAUUCGGAGCUCCAAUGACCCCCACAAUCUCUCAUUCCGCACCUGCAGACCCAUCCGCACCAACCAUGAAGUACAUUGGUUUAAUUCCUCCUUCCAUUCCAGAACACGUAGACUAACGUCCAACACGUCCAUCUCCUUCUGGACCUUCAUAAUUCCACCUAAUUGACCGGUAUCGAGGGUAUAGAGUGUCUAUUCCAGCAUUCCUAACGUGGCAGGCACAGGUCCAGACCCAGGAGGGAAGCUAGGUCUGUCUCCAACCGGUUCCGUCUUCAAAGCUACCUCACCAGUCAAUUUCUUGAACGAGGAUUUCAUCCCCUUCAUUUUCAUUUAGAUAGCGAAAUAAUUCCUUGUGGCUUCUUCCUUGGAACCGGAAUCCCCCCUGAUCCAUGUCAGUAGGGUCGUAUGGAAAAUUAACGGCCGGCACCAACGGCACCAUCCCUCAUCAUUGCGGAUUAUUAGAAUACGAUCUAGAACCUCGGAAAACUGAGGUAGAAUAAUGGAACCGACCUGUGCUUCACAAAAUUUUAGCUGUUUAGCCGUUCUCCCUUGUCCAUCUCCCCAUCUUCCCUAUUCCCUUCAUCACAGUUCGUUUGUGAUGCAGCUUGGCGUUAACCGAAAUUGAGUUGAUGUUGCUCUGUUGCGGUUUUUGAUUGGCUAACUACGGGAGUACUCAGCCCUAUCCGUUUACGCCCCACACUAAAACGUGGGGAAAUUAAGCU